AUGAGGUCAUUCAAUACUGGUACAAUUCGUUUUCAUAUCUUCAUUAUACCAGCUUUCACCUGUUACAAGGAAGGUGACGUCUUAUCCGGUGUCUGUUUCAUUGGCCUCUGGGACGCUGCGGCUCUUCGGGGCUUCGUUCUGGCGCCUCUUUGCGUGUACCUCGCCUUGGGCACAGUUUUCUUACUCGCCGGAUUCGUAUCUCUCUUCCGUAUUCGAACUGUGAUGAAACACGAUGGAACAAAGACUGAUAAAUUAGAAAAACUUAUGAUCCGAAUUGGACUGUUCAGCGGCCUUUAUAUUUUACCAGCGUUGACUUUAAUCGGAUGUUACUUCUACGAACAAUCCUAUCUGGACGAAUGGAUGGUGACAUGGAAUCAUGAUAUGUGCUCGAGGAGCUUUUCGAUUCCUUGUCCUUUGAACAGAAACGCGGCUGGUUUGUCCAGGCCGUUGUUUGAGAUUUUUAUGCUAAAGUAUCUGGUGGCGAUGCUGGUUGGAGUUACAUCCAGCGUUUGGCUUUGGAGUGGAAAAACAGUAGUCACGUGGAGGAGAUUUUUGGAUGGUCUUGCUGGACGGAGAGAAGCCUACGUAUGAGAUUAUAUACGAAGGAAAUUUAAAAAUUGUGCUAAUUUUUAAGAUGCUGCCAAACUAGUUAUUACAAUAUAUUGACUGUAUAAAAAAGUGUUAGAAUUAAGUAUGUUUGUGCUUGAAUCAAAUUUGAUGUUUUAUGAUAUUGUAAAUAUUGUCGCGAGUGCAACGAAUUAAUGUGUGUAUGAAAUUGAAC